AUGCCUGAGGAAACGCCGAGCGAAGUGUACGACUCGCUUGACGACUCUGUUUCAACUCAGAGCAUUACAUCGCGUCUAUUGGUGUCUUCGUGGACUGUGCGUAUCAAGCCGUUUCCAGGAUGGGGUCCUAACGAAGAUGUUAAAGGCCAAUCACCGAAACCAGAGUGGGGUAAACGCACGAAGUACGAUACUUGGUCUCGCGGCUAA